AUGAACAUUAUAAAUAAUUCUCUAUCAAUCUUUCCUUCUUCAUCAUCAUUUGGAUUCAAUCAUAAUCAUCAAGAAUUUAAUGAAGAUAAUACAAAUAAAAUAUCUUCAUCUACAUCAUUAGAUAUGAUGGAUUGUAAAAAUAAUAAUUUUCCAUCAAUGAUGAUUAUUAAUGAUCAACAAGAUGAAAGUAUGAAUGAAGAUAAAGAUAGUUUUCAUCGUGAGUCGAAUUUUUAUUUUUAUAUUUAUAUUUAUUCAUUUAUUGUAUUAGAUACCAUUAUGUUCUAUUCAUUUUUUGUUCAAUUUAGAAAAUAUGAAUGA